GCGGAGUCAGCGGGCGUGGCGCGGUCCUAAAGCAGGUCGGGUUUCUGCAGGCUGUGUUGAGCGCGUAAUGAAAUGAAUGAGUUCUAGUCUGGUUCCACACACAGAUGGCCCUGACCUUAACAGCAGCGCAUUGUACAGUUCAGUGUGUUUGAACUUGCACGCAGGGCUGAGUGUCUUAAUGGCCGAGUCGCAGCGCAUGAUAGCCGAGGAGAGAAGCGGCCACUGUGCCGUUGUAGAUGGGAAUUGUCUUUAUGUUUGGGGGGGAUAUAUGUCGAUUGCUGAGAAUGAAGUGUAUCUACCCAGUGAUGAAAUAUGGACCUAUGAUAUUGACAUGGGGAUAUGGGAAACCCAUUCGAUGGAAGGAGACAUCCCACCCCCAAUGUCUGGGGGUUGUGAAGCCUGUCUGAAUGGAGUCAUGUACAUCUUUGGUGGAUAUGAUGACAAUGGCUAUACAAACCAGCUCUACUGUGUUAACCUAAAGGAUAAAAAUGGCAAAUUCACAUGGACGAAAGUCACAGAUUUCAAGGGAUGUCCUCCAACACCAAGAGACAAACUGUCCUGCUGGGUGUAUGAUAACAGGAUUAUCUACUUCGGUGGCUAUGGCUGCAAGAAGCUGAAUGAAGUGAACGACUCCAUGAGCUUCUACACAGACGAAGUGUCUUGGGUGGGGGAGAUGUUUUGGGGGUGGAAUAAUGAAGUGCAUGUUUUCAACCCCGCCACAGAGACCUGGACCCAGCCAGUAACACAAGGCACUCACCCAGCACCUAGAGCUGCCCAUGCAGGCACAACCAUGGGCAACAAAGGCUAUGUGUUUGGAGGGAGAGUGCUGGGGACCAGAACUAAUGACAUACACUGUCUGGACCUUGAUACCUGGGCUUGGUCAGAAAUAAUUCACUCUUCUAUCAGAAGGCCAGUUGGCCGCUCCUGGCACACCGUGACCACAGUAUCUGAUUGCAUGAUCUUCUUAUUCGGUGGAUUAAGUGCUAACAGCGAACCUCUAGAUGAUGGCUGGUUAUUUGAUGUCCAGACGAAAAAAUGGACCCAACUUCAACAUUUACCCAAGAAUAAGCCAAGGCUGUGGCAUACCGCCUGCCUAGGAACAGAGUCUGAAGUGUUUGUUUUUGGAGGAAGCCAGGAUGACAUACUUUCAGUGGACAGAGGCCACUGCAAUGAUUUACUCGUCUUCCAAACCCAGCCUUGCACCCUGCUCAGAUUGUGUUUGGACUACGUGGUAAAAAAUGGCAGACUUCUUCAGGAACAGCUAUCCUGGUUACCACCGAAGCUUUCUCACAAAGUUCAGGACAAGAUUUCAUUGUGGACUGGUGCCGGGAAACCCCACGAAUAACAUGAAACUGCCUGGGACAGAACUGUGAGACCAACAGGUUGUGCUGUUGCAUAUAUGUUACCAAGGGUCAUACAGUAGGAUGCUUGUAGGGAAACAUUUUGAGAACUCCCAAGAUCAGACAUGCAGUAACAGCCUGGCCAGUCGAAACUGAGAACAAAAAUGAGAAUGUUUACACCCAGAGACUAUUAAACACAACACAACAUACACGCUGGAAAUAAUCAGAAAAAUGACAAAACCGUGUACAUUAUUCAUAAUAAACUAAACACUUACUCCUCAACGCUAAUGAUCAGCGAGGACACAUUGCAAUGACAAACGUAACCCAGACUGACAUGAAGAAAGACCCUCUGCAGUUUCAUAAUCAAGGUUUGUGUGAGGAUAUGAGUUGGAAGUUGGAACAGGAGCCUUGCCAAGUAAUGACUUUCAUUUUCUUACUGAUUUGAAAUUCUACACUCUGGCCCCAGGCAGUCCCUCCUUCAUGCGUUCCACUGCCCCAGAUCAUCUGUUUCACAUGUCCCAGCGGGUUACCCUCAUUUCAGACACCUCCCACCACUCUCGAUAGCUUGCACUGCAUUGCCUGUCUCCAUCAGCGUGCUGUUGAGGGAGAUAGGUUAUUUAUUUUCUGUUUUAUUUUUUUUUGGUUUCAACCCUUUCACGCAUGAAAUAUUGAAAAUAAC